AUGAAUAAAGAAAUACUACAAAUAGAAGUAGUGGAAGAUGAAGUUAUACAAGAAACUCUAAUAAUACAGAAAGAGAUUGCUGAAUUAAAACGUAAGAGAUCUUUAUAUACUAGAACGUCAAGAACAACAGCUUGGAGAAAAAAACAAAAAGCUGAUACAUUAUUAAAUGUGAAAGCAUUAUCUGAUUU